AGCAGACAAGAUGCCACAAUUAAUGACAGAUAUCAAGAAAAAAAACUAUGGGAAUACAUUUGUAUUGUCAAUAUCACCAAAUGAUGUGUUCUACUCCCAGAGUAGCAUUAAAGCAACAUUUACAGAUGAGAGAUACUCGCUUGAAGAAACAUUUAUUUCCCUUGUUAGAAAUGAAGUAGCAGUUGCGACACUUCCAAAGCUAGAAGUUGCCAUGAUUGAUGGGAAAUUCUGGGUAACCAGUGGCAACCGACGAUUAUACCUCUUCAAGAUUCUCAACAAAUGGGGCCUUUGUGACAUUAUCAAAGUCAAAGUAAAAACAACAAUAAAUGAAUAUGUCUUCACACAACGAUUCACAACAAACAAUGGGGGGACAACUGUUAAAGUGAGAGGGAAGAAAAAUAUGACAAACAAACUGAAUCAAAUUGCAAAGAAAUACAUAUCUUCAAGAUAUUCUGAUGAGACCUUUACUGAUGGCAGCUAUACAGACAGUGAAUAUACAGAUGAAGAAUAUUCCAAUGAUGCAAGUGUACCAAUAAGAGUACCUGAACCUUAUACUGGUCUUCGUGGUUACUCUGAUGCUGUGAAAGGAAUGUACCAAGAGAAAGUGCCACAAAAAGUUGAUGACUGUUCUAUGAGUGAGAACACUAAGCCAAAGCAUACACAUAAAAUCCAAUAUAUAGAACAUAUGUCUACAAAUACAUUCGAAACCAAAGAAAAUAAAGAGAAUGAAACUCCAACCUCCUGGUUUGGGAAAGUUAUUUCAAGAAUUGUACAACUGUUUUCUUAAAUGGCAGGUGUUGUCCUAUAUAAGUGAAUGCCUGACUAUGCAAUAAGAGCAACUUGAUAAG